UGCCAUCUAUAAUUUUCGGAAGGAACAAUUCUUCCGUCAUCAUACUGGUAACUAUGGAAACAUACCGUAACAAAAUGUAUACCUAAAUGUUCAUUUCAUAACAGUCGUUUUUUCUGAAGUAAUUUUUACAAUGAUUUUGAGUAGAUCUAAACCAGCCAUAAGCCCUUCGACAUCUGAACCGAAAAAAGAUGUGAAACGUAAUAGAAAUAAAAGUGUUUUUCAGUUCGAGGAAUUUUUGUCGAAAAGAGAUUAUACUGGAGCUAUAACAUUAUUAGAGUUCAUGCAACAUCAAAAUUAUGACCCAAAUUUGCAACUUUGGAUGGCGUAUUGUUGUUUCCACCUUGGAGAUUACAAAAAAGCAUUGGAUAUUUAUGACAACCUAAGAAAAAACAAUUCGGAAAUCAAAGAUUUGGCUGCGGAUUUGGCGUGCUGUUAUUUUUUCUUAGGAAUGUACAAGGAAGCCAAAUCAAUUGUGGAAGAAUCGGAACACAGUGGAUUGAAGACUCGACUGAAUUUUCACUUAUCUCAUAAGUUGAGGGACGAAAGCGCUUUGAUGACUUAUCAUCAACAGUUGGAGGAUGUUUUGGAGGAUCAAUUGAGCCUAGCUGCUAUACAUUACUUGAGAGCUCAUUACCAAGAGGCCAUCGAUAUUUACAAACGUUUGUUGUUGCAUAACAGAGAUAACCUAGCCUUAAAUGUCUACGUUGCAUUGUGCUACUACAAACUAGAUUAUUAUGACAUUUCCCAAGAAGUCUUGAACAUCUAUUUGAACCAGUUUCCUAAUUCGGUUAUAGCGACGAACUUGAAGGCAUGCAAUCAUUUUCGGUUGUACAACGGUUCGGACGCUCAAAACAUCCUGCGAUCCAUCUUGGAUGCGAGCACCGACGUUUCAUUUGGACACGACCUCCUCAGACACAACAUGGUUGUAUUUAAGGAUGGAGAAGGUGCGUUGCAGGUAUUCCCUUCCUUGGUCGACAUUGUGCCUGAAGCUAGACUGAACCUUGUCAUCUAUUAUUUGCACAAAGAUGACAUCAAAGAGGCAUUUGACUUGAUCAGGGAUCUCCAACCGGCCGUUCCUCAUGAGUACAUUCUGAAAGGAGUCGUGAAUGCUGCUGUUGGACAAGAAAUAAAUUCUGAAGAUAAUGUUAAAAUAGCUCAAGAAAAUUUUCAAUUGGUAGGAAGUUCAGCUAGUGAAUGUGACACUAUAAGUGGACGGCAAUGUAUGGCUGCUGCUUUUUUUCUAGAUGGACAAUUCGAAGAAGUAUUGGUGUAUUUGUCUUCGAUUAAAAGUUACUAUAAUUCAGAUGACACUUUCAAUUUCAACUACGGUCAAGCGAAAACCGCUUGCGGCCAGUUCAAAGAAGCCGAAGAAACCCUGUUGCUCAUAAAGAGCGAAAAGAUAAAGAACGAUUACAUCUACUUAUCGCAUCUGGCUCGAUGCUAUAUAACGAAUAAGAAAGCUCAGCAGGCGUGGGAACUGUUCCUGAAGAUGGAGAGCGGUCCUGAAAGCUUCAAUUUGCUGUUGCUACUCGCUAACGAUUGCUACAGAUGCGGGGAGUUUUGGUAUGCAGCCAAAGCGUUCGAUAUGCUAGAUAGACUCGAACCAAAUCCAGAGUUUUGGGAAGGUAAAAGAGGAGCUGUGGUUGGUGUUUUUCAGGGUGUUAUAGCUAAGAUUUUUCCAGAAGAGAUGCUGAAUGAUGCUCUAGCUCUAUUGAAUAAUUCACCCAAUUCACAAGCAGAUCAAAUAGCUAAAACCAUAAAAAAAUGGGCCAAGGAAAGAAGAAUCAGUGGGUUCUGAAUUUGUGCAAUUAUUAUAUCAUAAUCUGUUGAAUUUAAAAUCUAAUUAGUUUUUAAGUAUCGAAUCUGUUGGAAAUUCCUGAUUUUGAUAAAAUGAAUUAUGAU